UUGUACAUCAAUGCUAGCUAUCAAGUGGCUAACCACAACAAGCCUUAUUUGUGCUGGAUUUGCUUUAUAACUGCCGAUUUAAAGUACCCAAUAUUUUUUAGAAACACGUAUUCUUAAUUGGUCAAACAAGGCAGGGUUAAUAAGACAACUUGUGUUAGCAUUAGCUGGCCUUUAAGCCCCAUGUCAGUGAAUCUACCUUCAGCUGCUCAGCAUGGGGAGAUGGUUACAUCAAGCCUUUCUGCAGAACAACAGAGAGAUCUGGCCACAAGAAUCACCACGUUCCUGUCCAUGUACAGCCACCUGUCCGACUCAUAUAUCAUCGAGUUCUUCACUGAGGAUCUGUGGAGCUCGUUGCCCAGCAGCUGGAGGGUCGUGCUGCGGGACCUGAAGUACCCACAGAUCGCUGACCUGUUACUGGGCGCUUCACACGCAGACAGGAGAUAUCCCUCGGUGUGGCCUCUGUCUCUGUUGGCGUUUCGAGCCACUGCUCAGGCUCUGGCGUUUCCCAGAGAGAGCAGGGAGGGCGGCGGGGGGACCGAGGAGUUUCAGAACAACGAGAGUCAGAGCUCUCUGCUGCGACACAUCUUCAGGAAACACGUCAAACCCAAGAAACAGCACGAGAUCCGCAAGCUGGGCGCGCUGGUGAAAGAACUGUGUGACCAGACUGACUGCAGCAGUGUGGUGGAUGUGGGCUCAGGACAGGGUCACCUGACGCGUUUCCUGUCCUUCGGGCUCGGACUCACUGUGACCGCCAUCGAGGCGGAUCGCGUGCUGCUCGCCAUGGCAACCAAGUUCGACGGAGAGCUGCUGGGGGUCUUGGAAAAAGAGAGGGAGAAGCAGAAAGAGAGCGGCUCCUCUCUGCUCCCAGUAUCUCAGCCUCGACAUGUGGCCGGGUGGGUAAACCCCAAGGCAUCAUGGGAGUCCUUCAUCGAACAGCUGAGCGGUGCAGAAGGACCCCAAACUCCAUCUGGACCCCAAACUCCAUCUGGACUCCAAACUCCAUCUGGACUCCAAACUCCAUCUAGACCCCAAACUCCAUCUGGACUCCAAACUCCAUCUGGACUCCAAACUCCAUCUGGACUCCAAACUCCAUCUGGACCCCAAACUCCAUCUGGACUCCAAACUCCAUCUGGACCCCAAACUCCAUCUGGACCCCAAACUCCAUCUGGACUCCAAACUCCAUCUGGACCCCAAACUUCAUCUGGACUCCAAACUCCAUCUGGACUCCAAACUCCAUCUGGACUCCAAACUCCAUCUGGACCCCAAACUCCAUCUGGACCCCAAACUCCAUCUGGACUCCAAACUCCAUCUGGACCCCAAACUCCAUCUGGACCCCAAACUCCAUCUGGACCCCAAACUCCAUCUGGACCCUGUAAAAAGAGACCGAGAGGCUCCGAAGAAGAGACUUUAUCAACGUCACAGCACCAGCUCAGUGAAAAGGAUUCUGAAGACGAGGCCUCCAGGUGCGCGUGUGUCCAGGAGGGGGUUCGACCUCCUGGGGAAAUGCUCCGUCCAGACUUCGUCCUCACGGGGCUCCACGCCUGCGGAGACCUCAGCUCCACCCUCCUCCGGCACUUCAUCAGCUGCCCACAUGUGCGCGGCAUCACCUCGGUGGCCUGCUGCUACAUGAAGAUCUCCACCAGGGAGCACCCGUCCCCCCCGGGUCUGAUAGCGGCUCCUCACCCCGCAGGCGAAAGGCUCCAGGAGGCGAUGCUGCAACCCUCAGAGUUCGGAUACCCCAUGAGCUCCUGGGUGGGGGGGCUGCCGGGACACCAGCUGUCCUACAAGGCCCGGGAGGCGGCCUGUCACGCGCUGGAGGACUACAGGCGGAGGCUUUGGGAGGAAAGCCAGCUGCUGAGGACGCACUGUUACAGAGCCACGCUGGAGACCUUCAUCAGGGAGCAGAGGCCCGAGCUGCGCAGAGCGGGGGUCCAGACCGUGAAGAAAUCCCACCUGCUGACGUUUGCUGAGUACGCCUGUCUGGGCCUGGCGCGGGUCGGCCUGCCCCCAGACCUGCCUCUGGACGGGGGGCGGGUAGAGGCCAUGUUGGAGCAGCAGGGCCGGGUGGUGGUGUUCUUCAGCCUCGCCCUGCUGCUGGCUCCGGUGGUGGAGACGCUGGUGCUGCUGGACCGCAUCAUCUACCUGCAGGAGAACGAUGUGGACAGUCGGCUGGUUCCUCUCUUCGACCCAAACCUUUCUCCCAGAAACUUUGUGCUGGUGGCUCUGAAGGCUCGAGGACAUGGAGGAGCAAAAAGGAAAUCCUAACAAACUGUAUACGUUUCUCUUUGUUGGGAAAAGUCACGCUUACUUUCUGAUAAUGAACUCAAGAUUACAAAAAAGUCUAGUUCUCUUUUAAACCCAAACCCGAAGUCUUACUGUUUUUAUAUUUUAGCCUCUGUUUUUCCAAUUAAACUGGCCCUGUUAUGCACAUUU